AUGUCUGGAGUUUUGCCACCUCAUUCUAUGAACUGGAACUAUAUGGAAUAUUCAGCAUCAGUCCACCAUACAGCAACUCCUUAUGUUUAUGGGGGUCUAGGAAGAAGUUUUCUAAUAGAUAACCUGCUGAGAGAUGUAGCACAACCGGCUACAAAGUAUGUUCCAGUGGCCAACAGCAUUUCUUCAGUUCCUCUGUGUCCUGCAGCAGAACAAAUUAGCCCAUCAGGGGGUACACAUCCUACAUCUUGGGCUUUUCACCUCGUUAAACCAUCAGAUGGACUGCCUGCUCAUUAUCCACAUAUCGAAGCCCUCUACCACCCUAAUUCAGCAGGUGUUUCCAAAUACUUUUUUCUGCAGUCAUUGCCCUUCUACCCGGCAUGCUGCGGUGGGUCCUGUCAGCAUCCUGCCUCCCCCACUGCUUUUUCAAGAAAUGAAAGCGAACUUUCUCUGUUACCAAAAGAUUCAAACAACAAGGCAAGGCGUGUGAUUUUGAGACGUGCAGUUUUUUCAGAUGAUCAAAGGAAAGCACUUGAGAAGAUGUUCCAAAAGCAAAAGUAUAUCAGCAAAACUGACCGAAAGAAGCUUGCUGUUAAUCUUGCUCUUAAGGAAUCACAGGUUAAAAUCUGGUUCCAGAACAGAAGAAUGAAAUGGAGAAAUUCCAAGGAAAAAGAAGUUCUUUCAAACAGAUGUGUAAAUGAUGGACAUUUAGAAGAGAAAUCUCAGGCCGACCGCGUGUGUUCAAGUGACAGUGAUUCGUCUGAAGUGCCACACAACAACAGGAAUAAGGAGAAAAUAUCAAGCAAGGCAGUACAAUUAGCAGAACGACUCAAGCUUGAUUGCACAGAACAAUCUCUUAGAGACUUAAAGUGUCAUCAAGGCAAACUACACUGA